AAGAGAGCAGGGCAGUAGGCAAAGGCAUACUCUCCUGCAGAACCUCCCAAAACCUCUCGUCCCCCUCCAGUUAGGGUAGUUCAUUAUUCUCCGUCACAUUUUCUGCUGUGUUUUUCUCUCUGUUGUUGUUAAAUAUGGCCACUGUCGCAUUUAGAAAGCCUAAUUCCAGGCGACUGUUAACUCUCUCUUCUCAAAUCUACUCUUGUUGUAGAGCAUCUUUAGUUUCUCCUCGCUUCUCUGUCUCCGAAUCCCUAUCUGCAAAUGAAGCGUCCACCGCCUCCAACCCAUGGUGGAGAUCCAUGGCCACCUUUACUCGAACCAAGACUCAUGUUAAUGUUGGAACAAUUGGACAUGUUGAUCACGGAAAAACUACUCUAACUGCUGCAAUCACAAAGGUACUGGCGGAAGAUGGAAAGGCGAAGGCUGUUGCCUUUGAUGAAAUUGACAAAGCCCCUGAAGAGAAAAAGAGAGGGAUUACAAUUGCAACGGCACACGUGGAAUAUGAGACAGCGGAAAGACAUUAUGCACAUGUAGAUUGUCCUGGACAUGCAGAUUAUGUUAAAAACAUGAUUACUGGAGCUGCGCAAAUGGAUGGAGGAAUCCUAGUUGUAUCUGCUCCUGAUGGGCCAAUGCCCCAGACAAAGGAACAUAUUCUGCUUGCACGGCAGGUAGGUGUACCGUAUAUUGUAUGCUUCUUGAAUAAGGUCGAUGCAGUUGAUGAUCCUGAAUUGCUGGAACUUGUGGAAAUGGAACUCCGUGAACUACUUAGCUUCUACAAGUUUCCUGGGGAGGAAAUUCCGAUCAUUAGAGGUUCAGCAUUAUCUGCUUUACAGGGUACAAAUGAUGAAAUUGGUAAGAAGGCUAUACUAAAGUUGAUGGAUGAAGUGGAUCGAUACAUCCCUAAUCCUGUACGUCAACUUGAUAAGCCUUUCCUAAUGCCAAUAGAAGAUGUUUUCUCCAUCCAGGGACGAGGUACUGUUGCGACUGGCCGUAUUGAACAAGGUACAAUCAAAGUUGGGGAUGAAGUGGAGAUUUUGGGGCUGAUGCAGGGAAAUCUGAAAUCCACUGUGACUGGUGUUGAGAUGUUCAAAAAGAUCUUGGAUCAUGGACAAGCUGGUGACAAUGUUGGACUCCUUUUACGUGGUUUGAAACGAGAAGAUAUUCAGCGAGGGCAGGUUAUUGCAAAGCCUGGGACAGUUAAAACAUAUAAGAAAUUUGAGGCAGAAAUAUACGUUCUCACAAAGGAUGAGGGUGGUCGCCACACUGCCUUUUUCUCAAAUUAUAGGCCUCAGUUCUACUUGAGGACUGCUGAUGUCACUGGUAAGGUGGAGUUGCCUGAAAAUGUGAAGAUGGUUAUGCCGGGGGACAAUGUAACUGCUGUUUUUGAGCUAAUUUCUCCUGUCCCCCUGGAAGCAGGUCAAAGAUUUGCUUUGAGGGAAGGAGGGAGAACAGUUGGUGCUGGUGUUGUUUCAAAAGUACUGACCUGAGGUAUGCAUGCAAUGGAACUUUUAUGUCCUUUGAAGAGGAUGAAACUGAAACUCUGGUUGAUAUAUUUUGAGAAACCUGACAUCUUGGUCAGUGCAUAUGUAGACGCGUUUUUCUUGGCUAUGUGAAAACGACUGAGCAGAGAUGAACGUGAUUAUACCUUUUCAAAGGCUCCACCAUUUGUGGUUCUGGCUUAUUGGUCAACAUAGUUGUGAUUGCUUUGAAAUGUGAUUGUCCGUAUCAUUAAUGAGCAAUUUUCUUUUCAAACA